GAUUUGCAAAGAACGACGGGUAAUCUGUAGAAUCUACCAUUUUGAUUUUCAGUUUUGCUGCCGACCAAGAAACCUGUGCUUGUAUAUUUAUUGCGUUUGAGCUUUCAUGAAAUGACCGGAUUCGGCAGCAUGGAUGUUGAGAAGCCUGACGACAAAGAUAGAAGUGAGCGUAGACGACGUCGUAGCAGGAGCAGAGAUCGUCGCAGGAGUCGUAGUAGAAGCCGUAGUAGGGACAGGAGGAGAAGCAAGAGCAGAAGCCAUGAUAGAGAUAGACGUAGGCGAAGCCGUAGCAGAGAUAGGCGCAAGAGAAGUCGUACACCACCAUCUAGAUCAGCACGCCCGAAAAGAAAGAAACCAUUCAUGUAUUGGGAUAUUCCUCCACCUGGUUUUGAACAUAUAGCACCUUUACAGUAUAAAGCAAUGCAAGGUGCAGGACAGAUUCCACAAACUGCUCUAGAAAACCAAAUGGCUCAGGCUGCUGCCAACUCGAAUAUGCCGAUUGUUGGAAGUCAGAUGACGAGACAAGCCAGGAGGCUUUAUGUUGGCAAUAUUCCAUUUGGCGUUACUGAGGAAGCCAUGAUGGAUUUCUUCAACAGGCAAAUGAAAAGUUUCCGUAUUACCCAGGCACAAGGGAAUCCAGUUUUAGCAGUACAGAUUGAUUUAAACAAGAAUUUUGCAUUUCUUGAGUUCCGUUCAGUAGACGAAACCACCCAAGCCAUGGCUUUUGAUGGUAUUUUAUUCCAAGGGCAAUCAUUGAAAAUAAGGCGUCCCAAAGAUUACCAGCCAGUUCCUGGUAUGGCAGAAAUGCCUAGUGUACAUGUUCCAGGUGUUGUAUCAACGGUUGUACCGGAUUCCCCCCAUAAAAUAUUCAUUGGUGGGUUGCCAAACUACCUCAAUGAAGAUCAGGUUAAAGAGUUACUGACCUCUUUUGGUGAAUUAAAAGCAUUCAAUUUAGUGAAGGACAGUGCCACAUCUCUUUCCAAAGGUUAUGCAUUCUGUGAAUAUAUUGAUGAGAAAAUCACAGACCAGGCAAUUGCAGGUUUGAAUGGUAUGCAGUUAGGUGACAAAAAGCUGAUUGUACAACGAGCAAGCGUGGGUGCCAAGAAUGCACAAACAGCGCAAAUGAUAGCGCAGCUGAAUAUUCAAGUUCCCGGUGUCAAUAUUGGACAAGGACUUGUUGGACCAACUACUGAAGUGCUGUGCCUGAUGAAUAUGGUAACACCGGAUGAGCUGCAGGAUGAGGAAGAAUAUGAAGAAAUCCUUGAUGAUGUACGCCAAGAAUGUGGUAAAUAUGGCCAAGUAAGAAGUUUGGAAAUUCCAAGACCCAUUGAAGGUGUUGAAGUACCAGGAUGUGGAAAGAUUUUUGUUGAAUUUACCAAUGUACUGGAAUCCCAGAAAGCACAAACUGCUUUGGCAGGGCGAAAGUUCAACAACCGAAUUGUGGUAACCUCUUUUUGUGACCCAGACAAAUACCACAGGAGAGAAUUCUGAGGUGGUUUCUGUGAUGAGUUUUAUUUGUUUCAUUGUAUAUUUAUUGGGUUUUUCAUCAUCCUCAAUAAUUACCAUUCACUGUAAUUGUGAUUUCUACGUUAGUCAGGUGUUCAUAAAUACGAAAAUUUGUCUGUAUCUCACUCCCUUGUAUAACAAAAUCGUGACAUAAAUCUGAAAUGCUGGAUAGUAAAUUUUGGGCUCAAUAACAUGCAAGGUUGUCUUGGGCAAUUGGAGAAUGUCAAUUAUUUGUAAACACUAUUUUGUCAGAAUCAUCCUGAAUUGUUUUAAAUGCUUAAUUUUGAUUACGCCUCUGGGAACAAGGAAGUACUGUCAUCUUAAAUUGUAACCCUUAUUGAUGAAAUAUUUGUAGGUUUAUGAGAGUGAGUAUGCACGGACACAAACUGAGGACUAGAAAUUAAACUUUUUGGCUGAAAGCUAGAUUUUUUAAGGUUAUGUGAUCAUUAACCCAUGUAAGGUAGUCGUUUAUUGACUUUUAAAUUUUAAGGACUUUGUAGAUUGUAAUAGAUGUCACUUGUUCCAAAUAAAGUGAUUCAAUAAAUUACAAU